CAACAGUCCCAUAAUUCGCAACUGACGUUGAAAGCUCUCCUCCCCCUCGUCUUCUUCUUCUUCUCGCUCGCUCGCUCGCUCGCUCUGCAGGUGGAUUUGCCGUCGCCAUCGCGUUCUCCGGAGCUUCCUCUCUCCGUUCGUCGGACGGAGAAGCGCCGCCGCGGGGGCGGGGCGGGGGGUUUCGCCGUCGCAAAUCCCCGUUCCGUUUGCUUCGCGCGUGAUCCUUCGGCCUCGAUGCGUGAUCGAGGGAGUGAGGCGGUGGAAAUGGUGAUCGGAUUGUGAUGCUCGUUCGCGCAGGCGGCUGCUAGUUCCGGGGACUCUCUCUCUCUCUCUCUCUCUGGUCGGAAUCGGCGGGGGGGGAUUAUUUCGCAUGGCUGGAGGAAUCGAAGAGACGUUCGGCGUCGGUUUUCAGGCUGAUUCAAUUCACUCCGGCUCUAUUUCAUUUGGGAGGUUUGAAAAAGAACCUUUGGCAUGGGAAAGGCGGUCUUCUUUCUCGCACAAUAGGUAUCUAGAAGAGGUUGAGAAAUUCUCCAAACCUGGUUCAGUGAACGAGAAGAAAGCUCUACUUGAAGCUCAUUUUAAGAAGAAACCGCUUCUGCAUCAAAGUUCAUCUGAGUGGCAGACUGGAAGGGACCAUCAGCAUGAUGAAGAUGACACAUCAGACAAUACGAGCAGGGAAGGAUUUGAGCUUUCAAUUGAGGAUAAUUAUUUUGGUCACUUUGAUGAGAGUCCAGCAAGAUCAGGGUGUAGUGGAGAGUACGGAGUAAGAGUUGGUGAAAGAGAAGAUCCAGGUGUUUUGUCAUUCCGAUCCCAUGAAAAGGAGGGGUUAAAUGAUCUUUCCAUGGAUUUUAUUCCUAUAGAGCAUAAUGCAGGGAUGCCAGUUUAUAUAGAGGUUGGGCAUAAUGACUUGCCAAUAGGUUUUGCUGAGACACCCAUAGUCGCAAAAACAAGUUCUGACUAUGAUGAGAGAGAAGCAGAGAAUUGUUCUGAGGCCAGCUAUUCAUUUAUAAAGGACAAGACUGAUGAAAGGGUUGAAAAGACCUGUUCAGAAACAUCUCAUUCUUCUCCAAAGUCGGCAUCAGCAUCGGAAACUAAGCUCACUGAGGCCACAGCUAAGUCUCAGUUCUCAGUGGCUGAUGAGAAGAGAAAAAUUUCCGCCGGAUCAUCCAAAGAUUUGAACAAAACUCUGGGUGGAAGGAUAAGAGGAUCUCCAUUGAGAACAAAUAGACAGAAAGAUUCAACCAUGUCUGCAGCUCAAACUUCCCGUCUAGUACACAAAACUUUGAACCCAGAGCAAAGGGAAAAGCUGGUGGCGAAACCAGUGCGUGAAGACAAUAGCAAAGGAGAAGGAGGACAGAAAAUUUCUGAACCUCAAUCCGUGUCGAUGACGAAGCUCGAAUCAAGAGCAGAUUCUACUAGAAGCAGGCUAAAGCACAUUGCUCAGUCACAGAAGCCAGAAACAAAGUCCACCUCUAAAGGUUUUAAUUUUCUGAGUGACCAGCGAGCAGAAAGGAGAAAAGAGUAUUUUAUGAGGCUGGAGGAAAAGAUGCAUGCUAAGGAGGCUGAGAUUAAUGAGAUUCAAGCAAAAGCACAGGAAGAGACAGAAGCUGAAAUCAAGCAGUUCCGGAAGAGCCUUAAUUUCAAAGCAACGCCUAUGCCUUCUUUCUAUCGCGCAACUCUGCUAUCUGGGUCAGAUGGCAACAAGGCUUCAUCUACCAGGGACAGGUCAAGCAUUUCAUCUAUGAGAUGUCCCAGUCCUCAAAAUCAAGCUGCUUCACGAUCCAGAAUUCAUUCCAAGGCUGGAAAUUGCCAAGUUGUUGCCGCGAGUGCAUCUCUAAACACAUCGAAUCCACCUGAAGCCUCUCUGGAUCACAAAUUGAUCAGCAAGACCUGGGGCUCGAAUGCGGUCUCUCCAACACCAUCAUCGAACAAAGCUGAAUCCACAGGAGAUGCAAUUGCAAAUGAAACUGCUUCGAGAAAGGGCAGAGACGAUGACAACGGGAAUACCAACAAGCAGAAAUCGAAAGCAUCGGCAACUGCUAGGACAGCGAAAGGCCAGAGAGUUGAGGGGAAGCAGAAAGCAGGAGUCAAAAGAGACACCAGUCAGAUGAUGAGAAAGGAUACUAGAACUGUUGGCACGAGCAGGACGGGCCGUGUCGCUGGAAGUGUUACUUCCUGACAGCAUUUCUUCCGUGAAAUCUUCCCUAAAUUAGUCAUUGUUUCAUUGUUACUCAUUUGCCUCCACAUCACUUGAAUAGAAGAUGCCCGAGGAAGUUUAGGAAAAUAAGGUAAAGUCGGCUUUCGUAGAUUCUUACAUGGCCAAAAGAGAAAGCCUGCUCAUGUAUCAGAGUGCGUUCAUUCUCUGGCCGUUCAUUCUCUAUCAAAGCCAGAGAAUUUCAUUUUAUGCAUGUUCAUGUAUCAUAAGUUCAACCCGAAGGUGGCGAAAUUCGUCACUUCCGACACCGAUUAUCGGAUGGACACCUGUAUACCGAAGGACAAUUGUAAUUUAUCGCGAAUAACCCAAGGAUCUUGAUCCUCUUGAGAACAAUGAAUGAUUUCAUUCCGUCGUCGA